AUGGAAUUAUAUCUAAAGCUAAAACUUAGUUCUAAGAUUAUGCGCGGUUUAUCGGGUAAAAUUUUGAUUGAUCUGAGGAAUACUCAUGAGGUAGCUCUUAAUACUGCUGAGUUAAGGAGUAAUCAAGACGAAUGCUCAAAAUCAACCAAGAUUGAAAAGGAAGAUAAAGAUUUUUCACCAAGGCUUUUCACCAGGACUAAUGACACAAGGAGACCAGCAUCACAAGUGAAAUGUCAAUGGGAAGAUGAUGAUGAUAAAGAGACCAAAUACCAUUUGGACCCAAAGUAUGCAAAUGUCACGACACCUGAGCGCCAUGUGCGAACACGCCUUUACUUCACAUCAGAAUCUCAUUUCCACUCCCCUAUGAAUGUACUUCGUUACACUAACCUGGAUGAAUCUCUUCAGGGCCAGACAGCUUUGGAGCGUUUGUAUAAAACGAAGGAGCUGGACUACAUGAGUUACAUUGUGAUGAGGAUGUUUGAGAACACAGUGGUGAACGACAACCGUGGUGCAGAUUUAUCACCACUGGAGAUGAACGACAGCAAGGCUGCUUCAAUGCACCAGGAGCACACACUGCCAAUAAUGGGUCCAGAAAGGCCGCAAGAAGUGGGAUCCUACCUUACAUUAGAGAAAAUGGAAAGGAUGAUUCACCCAUUUGCAAUGCCUGCAGAAGACUUCCCUCCUCCAUCCACCCCUGCCGGAUUUUCAGGCUACUUUGCCAAAAGUGCGUCGGUGCUUGAGCGUCUAGUAGAUCUUUGGCCUUUCCAUAAGAAUGUUCAUCCUAAAGGAAAGUAA